GAGAGAGGAAGAAGGAAAGAGGGGUGGGCGGGCGUUUUGCUGCGUCACCAGCUCUGGGAAGCCGCCGUUGGAGAAGGAGCGAGAGAGAGCGCGCGGGCGGGUGUGUGCGCGGUGCUUUGUGGGUAGCAGGCCUCACUCAGCUUUGGAGCCCUGAGAGGAGGCGAAGGGAGAGAAGGAAGGAGGCAAGGAAGGAAGGAAGGAAGGAGGCGCCAGCGCCCUUGCCCUCGCCCGCGCUUUCUCGCCCUUGCCGAGGGACCUUCAGCCCUGCGCCCUUGGGAGGCUUCCCCGGACGAGCCCUGUGGAGGGAGACGGAGGACAGAGCGGAGAAGACUCACGCCGCCGCUGCUAACGCCGUUUGCCAUGCAGCCUGCUUCUGCGAAGUGGUAUGACCGAAAGGAUUAUGUCUUUAUUGAGUUCUGUGUUGAAGACAGUAAAGAUGUUAAUGUAAAUUUUGAAAAAUCCAAACUUACGUUCAGUUGCCUUGGAGGAAAUGAUAACUUCAAGCAUUUAAAUGACAUUGAGCUUUAUAAUUCUAUUGAUCCAAAUGAAUCAAAGCAUAAAAGAACAGACAGAUCUGUGCUAUGUUGUUUACGAAAAGGGGAAUCUGGCCAGUCAUGGCCACGGUUAACAAAAGAGCGGGCAAAGCUCAAUUGGCUCAGUGUGGACUUCAACAACUGGAAAGAUUGGGAAGAUGAUUCAGAUGAAGAUAUGUCCAAUUUUGAUCGCUUUUCUGAAAUGAUGAACAACAUGGGUGGCGAUGAAGAUGUAGACUUGCCAGAAGUAGAUGGAGCAGAUGAUGAUUCACCAGACAGUGAUGACGAAAAAAUGCCAGACCUGGAAUAAAAGGACCUGAUUCGUGUUGGGGUUUGGGGAAAGAACUUCAUCACAACAUUUCAUAAUUGAGAUAAGAAUUCCUGAGUUGAUAGCUCUAAAGGCAGAAAAAAAUACAUCCUUUAAUUCAUCUUCAACCUGUUUUAAGCAGCUUCAUUGAUUGAUGCAUACCAUUGUUCAGGGCAGUCUUAAGCUACGUGAGGCAAUAAUGUUAUGCAUGAAAGUUUUUCCAGACUUCCAAAAACAAAACAAAAAAAACCAGACAAACAUUUGAGGUAUAGGCAGUCGAUACAAAACAGUUGCAAUAAAAGGGUUUACAAACGCCUCUUUGCCUCAUCAUAAGAUAUUGCAAUGGGAAAACUCUCAAUUGACAUGAAGUGGUAAACAUGCUUUUCCCCCUCACAUUGUGGUCUGCAAACAACUAAAGUUUCAGAUUUUACACCGGGAACAGAACUGGCUGAAGCAAUAUUUUAAUUGGCUUUCAAAAUCUAAACUGGUAACAUGCUGUACCUCUAGGGGUGUCUUCAGGGUAUGUUCCACUAAUGUUUAAUGCUCUUCACUUUGUUGUAUUUAAUCACUAGUUAGUGUUCAAAGUAUCCUAGCUAAAACUAGCAACCCCUUCAAAACUUAAAAUGGGUGAAGCCUGUACAUUUGGUUGUUUGAUCCUCAAAGCUCUUGCAUCUCUUAAUGUGGAGGGAUAAGAGAGCAUGUACGUCAUUGCUUGUCAAUCUAUACAUUUAGACCAAAUUGUAUUUGCACUGUUGGUAUGAAAGCGAGUGACAAAAAUGUUAAUAAUACACUAUUCAAUCUCUUUUUUGGGUUUUUUUUUUUGACCAACUUAUGAUAAGCCUGAAAACCUCAAUUUGUGUUCAGAGCAGUGGGGAUUUUUUAAUGUCUACAUUCUUUCUAAUAAACUGUUGAAGACUCCAUGGCUGUCAACUGUCUGGCUGGCUGUAACUUCAUGUAUUCUUACUGUUUGUUGGAAUGAAAUACUUUUAUUUCUAGUUGGAAUAAUAGUGUGCGAUUACUUCAUCUGCUUGAAGAAGGAAAGUUGUAAUAUUCCCAAGCAAGCUUUUAAAAAGAAAAUAGGAGCUGUACGUUGUGGGUACGCUGACAACAGUUUAAAGAAAAAGUGUUGUGAUUUGACUAAAAUAAAAAAAGUUUUGUCCUCCUUUAAAA